AUGUCCUCGCCACUGCCAUCGUCGCCCAAGGCCACAACGCCGCCGUCACGGAAGGACGCAGUCAACAUGUCUCUGCACUUCCGAGCACCAGCGAUCGUCGUACCCAACCGCCUCGAGUCGCCAGAGGUCACCAUCAAUGUUUUGAAUGAGGGCUAUAAGAAGGAUUUCAGAGUUCCACGAGCUCUCAUCUGUGCCAAAUCCGAAUACUUCGAAGCAGCGUUCUUGAACGAGAUGAAGGAGACGCAGACGCGAGUGCUCGACCUUGCUGAAGACGCAGACGUCACUCACGCUAUGAUGAAACUCUUCAUUACCUGGCUACACACGGGCCUCGUGUAUGCAGAUGAGAUGGGUGGCAUUCCGGCGAUUGCCUCUGAUUACGGAUACAUCGCAGCCCCUGGCACUAAGCGUCCUGCCACAGGUCAGACAUCCGCUUCCCACAUUGUUAAAUCUUCAUCGACUGAUGAGCCCAUAGAAGCCCCUGAGGACGAGCCCGCAACGAAGCGAAGCAAAGGCGAAGAUAUCACAGAGAUCCCAGACACGGAAACUCAAGGCUGUGAGAGCUUAAAUGCUGCUGCGAGCUACACAACUGCUCCGCAAGAUCCCCCAGUCCGAGACCCAAGAGAUCCAAUCACAUGGUCAUACCGCUCUCUCUCUUCGAAAUUUACGUCUUUGCUGAUCGAUACGACACUGUGGCUCUUCGCAACCAGGUCAUGA